GAAGAAGGGGGGAAUUGGAAGGUCCUUGCAGUGCUGGCGGUGGUAGGUGGGGUGGGUUCGGGACGACUACUGUGCGCACUUUUAGCUGGUGAAGCUGCGGUUUUUCGAGGCUGAAGAUGGAGGGCAACAGUAGCGCAGAAGGCGCAAGCCCUUACUUCACCGAGCGGGAGUGGGCCAAACUUCCCGAGUACUCCAAAGUUCGCUAUGGCAACAUCAAGCAAAACUACGACAAGAUGGUCGAACUGGGUCUUCAGCCACCAGUUCCCGAGUUUCUGAAUGGCAAGCCUGCAGCUCGUAAUGUUCCAGCAAAGUCAAAAGCCAGUGGCUCAAGUGGCCACAAAGCAAAGCGCACGGCCUGUGACUCGCAGCCCGAAUCACCAAAACCAAAAGCUCCAGUUAGGCGCGCGACAUGGACGCAGGCGACAAAGAACGCCUCGGUACAGGAUGAUGCACAAACGGGCGGCUCGAGCAGUCCUCGCUACUCGAAGCGAAACCGGAAGGAAGUCAAUUACACUGAAAAUGAAGAAGCAUCGGAAGACGAGAGUCCACCUAGUAAAGCCAGCACGUCCAGCAAAACGCCCCAACCGACUCGAAGACUUCCUGUAAAGCACUCGGAAAGCGAAGCGACCGGCACCAAACAGUACAAGUGCCGCGAUGGCUGCUCUCGAGACCAACCUAGUCAAUGCCCAGUGCAUGGACCAUCGUUUUGCGUCAAGGGGGUGCCCCUCGAAGACUUCGAGCGAGCCAAGAAGAGUCUGCCCGAAGGCCUCGCUGUGCUUCGUUCCAAGAUUUGGGGCGUGCAGCUUGGAGUCUACACGGUGGUGCCGCUGGCAGCGGGCCAUUGCUUCGGUCCCUACGCCCGCUCCAUUGGGACGGAUAGUGAGGACGAUGAAGCCAUAGACCAGGAAUUGGGCGAGCGGGAAACUCCGCAGCCUGAUGAGAACAGCCCUCGAGUAGCAAUGUGGAUCCGCUACGUUAACUGCGCUCCCAUCGAGUCCCGGCGUAAUCUCGUUGUGCUGGAAAAAGCAGGGUACCUCUACUACCAGACGUGCCAGCCCCUGGAACCAGCCGAGGAGCUCUUGUUAUGGUGCGGCGUGCCACCACCAAUUCGGCAAUUCGGGCAAGGUCCUCAGGGAGCGGUGCCAAGUUGGAGGGCAGUAUUUAACUGCGUCACCUGCGGCUACACUUGCUCAUCGAAGUGGCAGUUGGACAGGCACCGUGAUACGACGCACCCUCCGACACAGUACGAUGAUAGGGACGAUAAAAGCGGCAAAGCUGAGAAAUCCUUCUCGUGCGACGUCUGUUGCAAAGGGUUCACUACACGAGCGGGGCUCGACCGCCACAUUGUAACCCACGUGACAAGGAAGCCCUUUAAGUGCGAAGAGUGCAGCGAACGGUUCAGUCAGGCAGUCUUCCUGACGCGCCACCGGAAGAUUCACACGGGCGAGCUGAUGUACAAGUGCUCCGAGUGCGGCCGGCAGUUCAGCAUGGUCUCGCACUUCAAGAGCCACGUCCUCUCCCACUCGGCGUUGAAGUCGUACUCCUGCCGAGUCUGCAAGAGAGCUUUCACCAGAAAGUGCCACUGCAUUAGGCACGAGCUGACAAUGCACGGCAAAAGAUGAGAUUAGUGUCUUGUACUGCGGCAGGUGUAAAUCCAAAGCGCCAAGGAAGUCCAUCGCGAAUAGUAAUCUCUAGAAUAGACGUACGAAACGCUGCACAGCGGACGCUUUGUGACUCGACCGGAAUUGCAGACGAUCCAAAUUGGAAACAUGAAUAAACGAAGCACUUAUGUCGGUGCUUUUUUCUAGCAUCCUAA